AUGCCAACAAGGAUUCAGUCCCGAUUGCCUCUUCCUUCUAGAACAAAGAAAAGGGGCGCAGUGGAACCAUUUCAGAGGCCAGUGACCUUUGAGGAUGUGGCCGUGUAUUUCACAGAGGGCCAAGGGGCUCUGCUGGACCGCAGACAAAGACGGCUGUACAAGGGCGUCAUGUUGGAGAACUACAAGAACGUUGCCUCGCUGGAAGGAUUUCCAGUCUCCAAGCCUGACCUCAUUGUCCAGCUGGAACGAGGGGAGGAGCCAUGGGUGCCGGACCUUCGGGGGGUCACUGGUACCCCAUCAGUCCAAGGUAACUCUACAAGAAAGGAACAUUGCUCGGAGCCUGGGGGACAUUUUACGAAAACGUCACGUCUCCCUAGACCCCAGGGAGUCCGCAAAGGAGAGAAACCAUUGGUCUGCAAGACAGGUUUCCCUCGCAAUUCGCAGCUUGUGGGGCCCCUCAAGAUCCACACAGGAGAGAAGCCGUUUCAGUGCCCGGAGUGUGGGAAGAGCUUUACUCAAAAACGGAACCUUACGCUGCACCAGAGAGUCCACACAGGAGGGAAAUCUUGUCGGUGUUUAUGCUUUGCUAAUCAAAUGGACCUUGUGAGCCACCGGGGAACCCACACAGUAGAGAAGUCCUUCCAGGGCUUGGAGGGUGGGAAAGGCUUUAUCCGACGGUCGCAUCUUGACAGUUGCCAGAGAAUCCACACGGGAGAGAAACCCUUUAUUAAAUGCCCAGAGUGUGGGAAAGGCUUCGCUCAAAGAACAAACCUCCUUCUACACCAAAGCACGCACACGGGAAAUAAACCUUUCCAGUGCCUAGACUGUGGGAGAUGUUUUGCUCAUCCGCUGCACCUUGAUAGUCACCGGAGAAUCCACACAGGAAAGAAAAGCUUCAGGUGCCUGGAGUGUAGGAAAAGCUUUGCUCACCGAAAAAGCCUUGCAUUACACCAGAGUGUGCAUACAGGAGAAAAACCCUUUCGGUGCCUGAAGUGUGGCAAGGCCUUUGCUUAUCGCUCGGUCCUUACGAGACACCAGAGAAUCCACACAGGAGAAAAACCCUUCCGGUGCUUGGAGUGUAGGAAGUGCUUUACUCGACAGACGAGCCUCACUCUCCACCAGAGAGUGCACGCAGGAGAAAAACCCUUUCAGUGCGUCAAGUGUGGGAAAUGCUUUGCUCGCCCGACAGACCUUGGGCUGCACCAGAAAGUGCACGCAGGAGAAAAACCCUUUCCGUGCCUGUCGUGUGGGAAGCGCUUUGCUUAUCAGUCAGUUCUUAGGAGACACCAGAGAGUGCACACAGGAGAGAAACCCUUUAAAUUAAUUGCAGCCCAUGACUCGAAAAAGAAGAAGCACUUCAGUGCUAAGCGUGAAAAGCCGUUUGUUAGGAGCUAA